UUUGGUCCGUCCAGACCAUCUGAGGUGUCACGUCGACGCAGGACUGCGGGUAAGCGGGAUUUGACAUAUUUGGAUUGGAAUCAAUGUUACGAGUGACAAAGGAUCUUUCUGGCAGCAAGAGGGAUGCAUGAGAUUUGGUGUUCAUGCGAUCAAUCAAGGUUGCGCGUGACCACUUCAACUAACUUGGAUGUUAAAAAUCUCCCAAUAAAAUGAAUACGAACAAAGAGGAAGACGGACGGCAAUCGGACCGCAGAACCUCCACCUCCGGCCUGACCUCCUGCUCUCAUCGACGCCGUUGGUCCACCGAUUGUUGCCCCAGCAACGCCUCACCUAUCAUCAUGCUCAAGAAAAGCCAAUCUCGUUGUCCCCGACAACGCUACUCCAGUCCAAUCAACGGGAUCGGCUCCGCUACUCAACUGCCGACAUCCGAAUCGUCUUCUCAUGUUCGGACGUCUGUCAUAACAGGACGUGACCCGCUCGGUUGGAAGCUCCGCCCCAAAUCCAGCAUCUCCUCCAAACGGGCUCACGCUCAUCGGUUGUCCCUUCAGACGCCGCUCCCCGUGAUCAUUCCCGAUCCCGAUUUGGUUCUAUCCGACAGACCUCCACCUGACCCCAGACAGAAAACUCCUCCCCGCUUCAAAGGUAAACAGUUCCGUCGCCACCACUCGGAUUCCUCAGCCUUCCUCGGAUCCACGCCUGCGGUGACCCUCGAAGAGCUCCGUGAGGUGCGGCUCCGCCCCUCCCAAGCCGACGACGUCUUCUCUGAAGCGCACGGCGGAGAGAAGGCGAGCUCGCGUAAAACACCACCGGCUGUUCCGGAAAAAAGUCCUUUGACAAGAAAAAUAGCGCAACUCAUCGCUCAUUCGUGGCGGCGCCCAACGUGUGCCCCCCGUAAAACGGAACAAGAGGAAAUUAUUUACAGUGUGAUAAAGCCAAAAGCAAAAACACAACAGGCUGAGAACCACUGCGGCCUAUAUGCGAAAAUAAAUGAGAUGCGCUUAAAAAGCGAUGAAUAAACACAAUCCAUUUACCGGCCUUCUUCGGAUUUUCAAUCUUUUUUUUCCCCCCUCAUAUGGAAGAAAGUAAAGCGAUGGGACCAAGAACCGGUUAUAAUAAUAAUACAUUUUAUUUAUAAGCGCCUUUCAAGACACCCAAGGACACUUUACAAUAACAAAAAAAACACAAAACAAUA